AUGAGAAAGAACAUAUAUACUUCUUCGAACCCUAAUAAUUCUGAUAUUGAUGAGGCUCUAAAAGAUGUAAAGCCUAUCAUUUCAGAUGAUAUAAAUUCUCGUUUAGUAGAUAUUCCUACUAUUGAGGAAAUCAAUGCUACUAUUAAUGAAAUGGCUCCAUGGAAAUCACCGGGUCCUGACGGUUUUCCUGCUGGCUUCUUCAGAGAUAAUUGGAAAGAAAUUUCUAAGGAAGUUAUUGAUCAUAAAAAUGCUAAAAAUGGUUUUAUGACUAUAAAUCUUGACCUUUCCAAAGCUUUCGAUAGGCUGGAGUGGUCUUUUAUUCUUCCAGUCUUUAAAAAACUAGGUUUCUACGAUGAGUGGUGUCAGAUUAUUGAACAAUGCAUUAGUACGGUGUCUUAUUCAAUUCUGGUUAAUGGUUCUCCUGGUGAGGUCUUUUUCCCUACUAGGGGUAUUAGACAAGGAGAUUGUCUUUCACCAUACAUUUUCAUUAUCUGCAUGGAAGUUUUAUCUCAACUCAUCUUGAAAGGUGAAGCUCUUAAUCUUAUUCAAGGUUUCAAAAUUCGAAAAGAUAGUCCUUAUAUAUCUCAUUUAUUCUUCGCUGAUGAUUGUAUGUUGUUUUCAAAAGCUUUUUUAAUGUAUGCUAGAAAUUUGAUGAAAAUUAUCAAUGUUUUUGCUAAGGCCUCUAGUCAGGCUAUCAAUUUUGAAAAGUCUGGUUUUUUUACUAGUUCUAAAAUGCACCAUAAGCAUAAGAAACUUCUUUCAAAAGAUUUAGGGAUGAAAUUUAUGAGUUCUUCUGAAAAAUACUUAGGUACCCCUCUUUUUGUUAAUAGAGAUAAAACCAAAUCUUUUCAAUUCUUAAUAGAUAAAUUUUACUCUAGAUUAGGAAACACAAAGAAAUCUAGUCUAAAUGUUGCUGGUAGAACUGUUGUAACAAAGCAUGUGUUAUCUAGUCUUGCAGUUUAUCAUAUGUCAUGUUUUCCUUUUCCUAAGAAGAUCACUUAUAAAAUUGAUUCUAUUCAAAGAAUUUUCUGGUGGUCUAAGAAAGACCCUAAACGUGCGGCUUAUUUUCGUUCUUGGGGUGAUAUUGGGAAAGAUAAAAGAUGUGGUGGGCUUGGUGUUAGAUCUACUUAUGCUACUAACAGGGUGUUUAUAGCAAAACUUGGUUGGAGAAUUAUUCAAAAUCCUGAUCUCUUAAUUUCAAAGUUUUUAAAAGACAAGUACUUCAUUAAUCAUAAUUUGUUGGAAAUUGAUAAUGCAGCGGAUUCAAAUUCUUGGAUUUGGAAGGGUAUAGUGAAUAGUCUAAUUUUCUUAAGGUCUAAUAUAGUUUUUAAAAUAAAUGAUGGUAAUGAUACAAGAAUAUGGGAUUCUGUUUGGUUGCCUGGUACUUCUUCUCCUCCUGUUUCUCUUAAUCCUAAUUAUGAUGAAUUUAAUCUAGUUAGUGAACUUAUUGAUAAACAAUCUGGUACUUGGAAUAUUGAUCUUUCAAAUUCAAUGUUUGAGCCUGAAUAUGUUGUUAGGAUUAGAACUAUUAAGAUUAAUUUGCUUCUUAAAGAUCAAAUUAUGUGGGCUCAUAUGAAAGAUGGGUCUUCUACUAUAAAAUUUGCUUAUAGAGUUUAUCAAAAUGAAGUUAGUAAUGGUGAAGAAGCUUUGUUUAGGAAAAAGGUUUGGAACCUGAAUUGUCUGCCGAAAAUUAAAUUUUUCAUGUGGAAGAUAUUUGCUCAUAUGCUUCCAGUCAAUGCUUUGUUAAAAAAUUAUAAUCCUGCUAUUGAUGAAUCCUGCCAUCUUUGCAAUGCUGAUGUAGAAACUGUUACUCAUUUGUUCUUCCAUUGUCCUGUUGCUACUCAUAUUUGGUUUGGUUUAUCGCUGCAACGUCUUGUUAGUCUUAACUUGGAUUGGCCGGAAGAUUUCUUUCUAGAAUGGUUUGAUGAUAGAUUAGGACAGUCCCCUUUUGUUGUUGAUUGGCCAAGUUUAGGCGCCAUAAUCAUGUGGUGUAUCUGGAAGUUUAGAUGUGAUGUAGUUUUCAGCAGAAUUGCUAUUAAUAUGGAUAAAAUUAUUCUUGACACAAAAAGAAUGGUUAAUACUUAUAUUGUUAUUCCUAAAAAGGUCCAGAAGGCUAGUAUCGAAGUCAAAAUUCCUAUUGAUCUGGUGGAUCAUUGUCUCUUUAUUGAUGGUUCUUUUAAGGAUUUUAAUGCGACUGCUCUUUAUCUUACUAUCUCCUGGGCAAUGGAGAUCAAUCUUUCCAAAGUCUUAUUUAUCAACGACUGUCUUCAAGUUGUGAAUUUUGUUAACGGAAGCGGAGUUAGUAUCGAGUGGAGAUGCAAGGAUAUUUUGCUGGACUGCAAAUCUUUACUCUUAAGUUGGAAUAAUUUUAAAGUUUCAAAAAACAAACUAGCACAUAAGCUUGCACGCCGUGCUAGAAAGUAUUGUCUUAAGAAUGUUUGGGUCUCUUUUCCUUCUUUUUUGAACAAUGUGGUCAGGAAAGAACCCAUCUUGAAUGUUUGUAACUCUCUUUUAAGUUAA